AUGGAAAGCCCAAAUCAGACCACUGCUCAGGAGUUUAUCUUCUCCGCUUUCCCUUAUUCCUGGGGGGAUUCUGUCCUCUGCUUUGUACCGCUGCUCUUCAUCUACGCUUUCAUUGUUGUUGGGAACCUGGUCAUCAUCAUAGUAGUCCAGUUGAAUAGUCAUUUGCACACUCCAAUGUAUCUAUUUAUUAGUACCCUUUCAUUCAUGGAGAUUUGGUAUACCACCGCCACCAUUCCAAAGAUGCUCUCAACUCUUCUUAGUGAGAAGAGAAGCAUUUCCUUAAAUGGUUGUAUGCUGCAGAUGUAUUUCUUCCAUUCCACAGGCAUCAGUGAAGUUUGUCUCUUGACGGCUAUGGCCUUUGACCGAUAUCUGGCUAUCUGUAGCCCUCUUCAUUACCCCACCAUCAUGACCCCCAAGUUGUGUGCCCAACUGACAUUAAGUUGCUGUGUUUGUGGCUUUAUUACACCCCUUCCAGAGAUUGCCUGGAUAUCCUCUUUGCCAUUCUGUGGCUCUAAUCACCUUGAGCAUAUCUUUUGUGACUUCCUCCCCGUGCUACGCCUUGCCUGCACAGACACACGUGCCAUCAUCAUGAUUCAGAUAGUAGAUAUUGUCCACGCCGUAGAGAUUAUUACAGCUGUGAUGCUCAUUUUCAUGUCCUAUGUUGGUAUCGUGGCUGUGAUUUUACGUAUUCGCUCGGCCGAAGGUCGUCGCAAGGCAUUUUCCACAUGUGUUUCCCACCUCACCGUCUUUUUCCUGUUCUUUGGCAACGUGGCUCUCAUGUACCUCCGCUUCUCUGCCACCUACUCGUUGUUCUGGGAUACAGCCAUUGCUUUAGGCUUCGCAGUUUUGUCCCCCUUCUUUAACCCUAUUAUCUACAGCCUGAGGAAUAAAGAGAUAAAAGAAGCAAUAAAGAAGCACAUGGGCCAAGCUAAAAACUUUGUUCAUUCGACCAGAAUUCUCAAAUAA